CAAGAGUGAAGUGUUAGGCUUACGUCAAUAUCACUUCUCUUGAUUUCAUGAAUCUAUAUACGAUAAGUUAUUGAGGGUUAUUAUUAUAGUAUUCUACAAAUUGAUAUUGUAAAAAGUGUAAUCGAACGUUCUUGCAAGUAUGAUUAAACUUUUCUCUUUGAAACAGCAGAGAAAGGAAGGUGAAACUUCCGGUAGGACAGCAGGUAGUCAAAAAAGAGCUUCUGCUGCUCAACUAAGAAUCACAAAAGAUAUAAAUGAGCUGAACCUACCAAAAACAUGCCAGAUAGAUUUUCCUGAUCCAGAUGAUCUUCUUAACUUCAAGUUGAUCAUAUCACCCGAUGAGGGAUUUUACAGAGGAGGGCGAUUUGUUUUUAGUUUUAAAGUUAGCCACAAUUAUCCUCAUGAGCCUCCAAAAGUGAAGUGUGAAACCAUGGUUUACCAUCCAAAUAUUGAUUUAGAAGGAAAUGUCUGUUUGAACAUCCUAAGGGAAGAUUGGAAGCCUGUAUUAACCAUCAACUCAAUAGUGUAUGGUUUACAAUAUUUAUUUUUGGAGCCUAAUCCUGAAGAUCCUCUGAAUAAGGAUGCAGCUGAAGUCCUACAGAGCAAUCGAAGGCUGUUUGAGCAGAAUGUAAAGAAGGCCAUGUUGGGUGGUUAUGUUGGCUCAACUUAUUUUGAACGUUGUCUCAAGUAGUGCUGACAUUUGACAGAAUAUUUUCACUGACUUCAUUUUAGAGCAACUGAAUUUUUGCAAGCCAGGCUGUACAGUCUUAACAACAUAGGUCAAAGAGGGCUAGUUCUUCUCCUACUUGUAAUAUAUUAAUAUAAGUUUCAGUCUAAAGAUGUUUGCUUAUGUUGCCCUGGUGGUUUGUGGUUUCAUCUGCCUAUGUAGGCCACAAUAAAUUGGGAUGGUUGAAAAAAAAAACUUCAUAAGAUAAUGAACUGUAUUAAUAUCAUCUUAGAAAGAGCUGUGUUAUUAAAAACAGGUUAUGUUAUUUAAGGAAGUGUUGUAUUGUUAUUUGAUAAUGCAACCAUAAUUGGUUAAUAUCUCAGAUAUAGUAUUUAUGAGAAGAACAUAAAUUAAAUGUGCCUGUAAAAUAUAUUGAAGUUACGUUAAAUUAAAAUUCUUGUUUGACUAGUUGCAAAAUAUACAAGCGUUAUAUCACAUUAGAUUUCUUUUUUAUGUUUGAAAUAUGACAUUUGGACCACUGUAAAAUUACUUUAUGAAUAUUUCUUAGAAAAAUUGUACAAGUUCAAAUAAAAUGUGUGUGUGUGUGUGUAUGGAGUUAGUUCUGUAGUGGCCAGUACUCUGUAUAGCAGUAGAAACGAGAGAAAUCUAAACAUGGAGUGUAUUGCAUGUACACCAUUUGUAUCCAACUGAAAUAAAUAAAUUAAAACCAGCUCAAUUUUUCAUAAAACUUGA